AUGGCACCGCCAGCGAAGAAACAAAAGCCCAUCGCCUCGCACUCCUAUUUUGACCUCACGGAAGCCAUGUCAGGCUUUCCAGACCUCUUUAGAACUUUGAACACAGUUCUAAAAGAUGGUCUUUCAGAAGACAAAGUGCAUGUGCUGUUGCCAUUCCUUCGAUUCAUUGCAUCUGCAGUUUCCAAUAUUCCAAGCUCUGCUCUUCCACCAUCAUACCCACCUUCAAAAUCUACACUUCAACAGAUGACGGAAAAACUGGGUACUGACUUCAAUGUAUUCAAGCGAGAAUACAUAUGGACUUUGACAGAGGAUCAGUUGAAUCAGAGUGCUGAGAAGCCUCUGUCUGGCUGGGCUAUGACUGCUUUAGAGAAGAUUGUAGACUCUCCAGCAUUUUCAACAUUUCAAUACAAGGAAUCCAUCUACACAUUGUUCAAUAUUCUACUUACAGAUCGACUGGAUCAACUGGAUGAUUCAGCUGCCAACAAAUUUUGUGUCAGCUACAAUGUGCCCCUGACUGCAACGGUGAAGCAGAAGUACGGUGGCGGCACAAUCUCUGGCAGAGCAGAUUGGUCCCUAGGCUACAUAGUGGAUACAACCAGAUUGGAACAAAUGCUGGUAGUAGCAGUUGAAGCUAGAUCUGCUAUCCAAGGAGAUAGUAUUGCUCAGAUAUUGGCUUAUUUAUUUGCUGUUCAAGAAGCCCAGAUGAAAGCAAAAAAGACAGCUGUCUUUGGCAUUCUUACUGAUCUUGUAGACUUUCGAUUUCUUGUGCUUCAUGAGACAGGAAAGGCAAUGCAAUCUGAGCCAUUGUCAUGGGCCAUGCGCAGUGAUCAGGUGGUUGCAUUCCUUGACAGUAUACUGCUUGAUGCAAUUAAAUUAUCGGCCCAUACCACGCCACAGAAGCUUGCGAACUCGACUGUCAAGCAGUUUGAUGAUAUGACAUUUGAUAUUCCUAGCGAGGGAAGUGCUGUUGAUGAUGGAGAUUCAGAUGACGAUGCGACAUUUGAUGUUAUUAAAGUUGAUGGUGUCUCGGUCCUAAUAUCGCACCAGGCCAACCGCGGUGAUUGUUAA